AUGUCGUCUCGCGCUCGCGGGUCGACAUCUAUCGCGGAAGAUGAUGACGACGAAAUGGACAUCGACUCAGAUGUACCAUCACGGCCCACAGAGGUUGUCCCUGCUGAGUUGCUCCGGGACGCACCGAAUUGGCUCUCAGCGGUUAGAAGUUUACGAGAGACGGACGUUAUCAUUCUUUUAACGCCAGUCGUUAUCCCUAUCAGCCAAAUCCCAACAGACACCAGCGAUCCCUUUGAGCCCCUUGGGCGAUCUUUAGCCAAGAGGCAUUCAAGGGUUCGCCAAAUCCCCUAUACUCAAAGAAACGGCAUUACAUCGACUCACCUCGGAUUUAUAAAGCGAGGACAUGUUAUCAUACUCUGCUUUGCCCCUGAUCCCAGUCAACAGCUUCAGCAAGAGUUCGCCGAGGUGACCUUUGCGGUGAGCGACAACAAGCCAUGUAUCAUCGUGGUCUGCUGCAAACCCACGGACAUCUCACAAGCCCUUCUCUUCCCCACUGUCAUUCAAACCAUAGAUUACUCGCCCUCAGCCUUGGAAGCCACUGCAGCCUUGAUAUUCGGAGAAGGAUCUCAACCCCUUGGCGGCAGAGCGCCAGAACCGACGAACGAAGCCCAACAGCAACCUAGACUAUGGGCAGUAGAGCAGUGGAAUGAGGUGAGAGACAUGGCCAGUGUGGUGAGUCUCUGGAAUGAAUGCAUUAGCAGUCGCUUUACUACCGACCAAGGCACAUUGGCCUCGCUUCUUCGUCGUCCAGGCUAUGCUAAGCACUACGUGGUAAGGGAGCCAAGACACGGAGAGAUACUUGGGUUUUGUGCCACAUACCUCUCGUACGUCGAUAAGGAAGGGGAAAACCUGAUUGCUUCGCUGGCAGCUCUUCUCGUCCGAUCCUCGAGCCGGCAGCAGGGAAUCGGGUUGAGUCUUCACAACCAUGCCAUUAGUCAGCUUAAACGGACACGAGGUGUAAUGCGUUUACAGCUAGGGAGUACGUUCCCUCGAAUUUUUUAUGGGCCCCCAUCCGAGAUGCACUUGAACGAGGAAUGGUUUCGACGCAGGGGUUGGCAAAUGGAUAAACCAAAUGUCCCUGGUCAGGGACAAAUAGUCCGUGACAUGAUACUGGACUUCGCGGAUUGGCGACAUUCAGAGGAACAUCCAAGACAGAAAACCGUAAGCUUUAGGCUGUGUACGCAGGAAGACAUGGUAAGUGUCCUAGAGAUUGUGGAAAGGACAUCUGCAAGACAAGCAAAGAUGGGCUGGUAUGACCAGUAUUUAUCACUCAUGAAUGGCCCAAACGUCAAGGAUGUGGUAUUGGGGAUCGAGAAUAAUAAUGUGGUUGCCAUUGCUCUCACUUAUACGCCAUCCUGUGGAAGUCAGAUCGCAUCGAAUCUGCCGUGGGCGGGCCGAAUCGGAAAUGAUAUCGGAGGUGUCACUUGCAUAUGUAUCCCUUUUAUUUUUGGCUUACUUGACGCAUCCGUCGAGAACCUGCAGAGUCAAGGCAUGACAAAAAUGUUCUUGGACGGAGUGGCCAAUGAUUCAGACCUCUUCAUGCAACUCGGCUUUCGAGAAUGGGCCCAAUACAGGGACGUCUGGAAAGACAUAUGA